UCAAAUCAGCUGUUUCGAACAGCUGUUCGAUGUAAACAAUACUUCACCAUUAUUGUCACUCUAUAACAGACAUGUCUUGUGAAAUUAAGUUUCAUUCUUCGAUUAACGAAUUGGUUAAAAUUAAACGAAUUCUUUUCCCUAACGAAGAAGCUGAAGACAAUGAUGGUGAAAGCUGGUCUGAUGAAGCGUGGUCAUGGAAAACUGAUUUUGAUGAUGCAAGUGACAAAAAUGAAGAUAAAAUUUCUACUGAUUGGAUUCAAUCUUGCCUAAUUUCAACCUCUCAUCAGUUUGAAGUUCUUGUGAUUGCCCAUCAAGAUCGAUAUGUUGUGUUAUCUUCAAAGUGGGAAAGGAAGAAUGAGAAAGAAGUUCGCAAAUACUAUGUCACUUACCCAACAUCAACCACUUCAGAUGGAGUUGGUGAAACCAUUACUUCAGUGCUGUGUGUACCAAUCAAAUCCUUGCAAAAAAGCAGCCAAGGAAUGCCUGAUUGGAUCUGUGUUAUUCUAGGAUUUAAUACGGGAUUUGUGAGAAUGUAUACAGUGAAUGGAGAACUGUUGAUGACUGAAGUAUUCCAUGAUGAACCCGUUCAUCACCUUAAAUUUCACUGUUCAGUUGUCAAUCCCGCGAAACAGGAGCUCACGGUUUUGUACCAGAAAACUUUGAUCAUCAUAGAGGGUUUAGGUCUUUUGAAUUCAUUAAGAGCGUGCCGGAGUUAUAUAGCCAAAGGUCGUGCCCUCUACGGAUCGGGCGAUUUGCAUUCUCAACAUCCACCACUGCACUACAAAAAGCUCGGUUUGCAAGAACAGAGCAGGACAAAUGAUUGUUUCGUCCUCGGCACCAACGCGCCAACACAGUUUGAUCAUCUCAUAGCAGCUUCCGUUGCAGGAGGGUUUCAAGCCCGCUAUAAUAAUUCCCCUCCAGUAGCUACUGGAAUUCUUUCCUUAGGAAGCCUACCGUAUUGUGCAUGGCACUAUGCUGUUGAGGGUUCGGCUGCCCCACUGCUAUCUGACGUUGCUUACGCUUUAGCCAGUAAAGUAACUUCCAAAAUAUUUUCCAAAACAAGCGGGUGGUUAGGUUGGGGUGGAGGAGCCGCUGAUACUGCACCACCAAAACCUAAAGACAAGCAAGUAGCUGAACCUGCUACCCCCGUUUACCCGAGAUAUGGUCUUGCAGAUUCCUUAAGAGAAGCUCUAUCAAUAUCUGUUUCACCGAACGAGAGGUUUGCUGCUGUUACGGACUCUUUGGGAAGAGUAAUACUCAUUGACCUACCCAUGGGAGUCGCAGUGCGCAUCUGGAAAGGGUAUCGAGAUGCUCAGUGUGGAUGGAUAACAGCGUGGGAAGAAGUCGGCCAAAUGUCAUCUUCUAGCUGUUCAGAAAGAGAGACUACUAUUCCGAGGACAGUUUCUUUUCUAGUCAUCUAUAUUACCAAACGAGGCAUCGUGGAGAUAUGGACUCCUCAACAAGGGACUAGAGUUGCCGCGUUUAACUACAGCAAAGGCGCCAAACUUAUUUACAUGAAAAACGUAACUGUGGGCUCAUCGGUUGAUAGCGACCAACCACAGUGUUGCCUUUUAAAUCCGGAUGGAAGAAUUGACGAAGUGGCAGUUCCUUUCCAUUGCGCUCUCAAAGGCGACAGUAGCCAGAAAGCUCGCGAUCUUCACGUUUUGCAACAACUACGCACCGAGCUUCUACACGAUGCUAGCGCAACAAGUUUCGAUCUUUUGAUGGAUAUCCGUCAUGCUAGUAUAGUAAAUCAAGGGCUAGACUUGCUCCUUGAAUGUCGACAUUUGGUUGAUCCCAAUGCGUUUGUCAAAUGUCUGGACUCUGUCGUCAGCCAGUAUAGCAAAGCGGAAGCCCUUGACGCCGAGAGUCGAUUAUUGUUGUCUCGAUGUCGAAUUCUCUCUCGACUGGCACGCCUCUACAUUCAUUUAAAAGCAAUGCAAAGUCUUCCACCGGAUUACGAUGCUGUCGUCAACGCAUCGCAUGUUUCUCUUCAGGACGUCGCAACUAUUCUCCGACUGGACGGAGACGAAAUAUCGCGGUCGAUUCAACGGUGCACUACCCCAACACUACACCCGAUUGCUUCUCAGUCGGCGGUCGAGAUACAUACCUUUCUCUGCGCUUUCGAGUUAUCAGUUGGCCACGGCAGUCUAGAAGAUUGCGUUCGUGUCAAAUCUUCCCUCUCGCGUGACGAUCGCCAUGCGCUUGGCUAUUGGAUAUGGGGAACUCCAUUUUCACGAAACAUUGAUCUUUUGGACGAAUUGGCACUAGUUCUUAAGUCGUCGUCAAUUGCCGCUGACGAUCUCGUUGCCAUGCUAGUAGACUAUUGGUUACAACUUAGUUCACCAGCUCUGUCGAAUAUUCUCCACUUCCACAAACUACUUCGAAUUCUCUGCAACUUUGCAGGGCCUGAAAACUUCAACAAUAUCGAGACUCCGUCUCCUUGGUGGCAGAAUCUCAAAGAUCUACUUUCAAAGAGCUGCAACUUAGAGCAAGCAUGUUGCGCCGCACUCGUUGUCCGAUCCGUCAUGGCUGAAUUCGAGAAGCGGAAGAUUAAUCGGUUGAAUGACAAGAACGCAGAGGACACCGAUGUGAACAUGGAGGACUCCAUGAACGAUUGGGAAGAUAUGUCGAUUGACUUUUGUGCAUGGAACGUGCUGUCGAAGCAGCUUGAAGAUCUCUCUUUUCUGUCACGAUUAAUUCGUUAUAAUCCCGUUCAAUUACGUGAAACGCAGAGACGAGAUCUAGAUUUUCUGGUCGAGGACAAAUAUUCCGAUAUCUUGGAAUUUUCUCUCGCUUCAAUUUUGCAAAAAGGAAGAGGUGCAAUAAGUGAGUUAAUAGCUCGUUGGAUUACCCAAAAUUUACUUGAGGUGAGAACUUUAAUUGGACCAACAGAAGAAACAAAUGAAAACUCAGAUGAAUCCAUGGCAAAUCUCUCGGAUGCUGAAUUGGCACCCGAAGCCGAUAAACUGUCAGUAGGAUCUUUAGAAGAAAUCGUUGUUAUUCAAGAUUUGAUCCGAGACCUCAGUCAGCAUUUACCUCACAGCACGCAACAUGACGUGAUUCUGUUGAAUGCUGCUGUUGAAUACGCAGCCAUGUGGAUUAGGAAUCCCAAGCACAUGAAAUUACUUCAACGAAGUUUCGAAACUGUUUUGCCUCUUCGUUCACACCUUUUUCGACACGGAAUCUGUAGAACACUUUGGUCCAUGUCGUUCUUACCGAUAUUCCAAGAUUUGGCGAUUUUAAUGGAUAAGACGGGACGAUUGCCCAAGAAUUUUACUUCUCGGAAAAUAAACCUUCCCUCACCAGAUCAGGCAGUUCCGUUUUUGGAGAUAACUAUGAAACUACUGGACACUGCAGUCUCGUCUGCCAUGUCCGCUGAAAUCGAGCCUCCCCCGUUCAUUCGAUAUGACGAUAUUUGGCCUACAUGUGAAGGUGCGACUCCAAUGCAAGAAGUAGCCAUUCGACAUCGCUUGGUCAAUAUUGAUUUGGUGCUGUUGCAUCAUCAACUGGCCCAAACACUACACCUUGUCGCCAGCUUGGAGAUCAAGGGGGUCCAUGUUUUCUCCCUUUUCGAUCAACGAGUGGGGAGAUUCGCAUUUUUCAAAGACCUUCAUAGCUAUCCGCCACUUCCGUCACAAGAAGCAGACCCAAUUGUUGUUCAAAACCGUUUACAAUUCCUCAAGCAAGUUAUUAGUAAAGCUGUUGAACACAUGGAAAACAAUCAGAGUUUUGCCCUUGAUUAUAUCAAUCAAGCAAUAAAACUGGGGUACGAGUGGAGGGUCGAUGUCGACGAAUUAAGAAUUAAGUACGUCGACCUUCUGUAUCUCAAUCAUAUGGAUCACCUGGCUCACGAAGUACUCGUGUCCAUUGGAUCCGAUGAAAAACUUGUUUCGACACUUCUCGUUGCUGCUGGAAGACGACUCAAGAUGUUUUUGAAGCCAAGUGAUACUUCAGCUUUGAGUCCGAUGACAACUGAGUGGCUAUUGAAUGGAUUCUCCUCAAAAACUGACAGUGUUCGAGAGUUAGAAGCAUGUGAUCCGAUUCCCACCAAAACACUCGCUUUGCUGGUUGAAUGCCUUUGCCGAAUUCCAAGUGAAUGCAAUGAGCAGUUCAUAGCUAAUGAACUACACUCACUCCUAACCACUAUGCAGGGUCCCAGCCUUUGAAAUGUUUUUCACAUAUUCCGCUUUUUUAAAACACAUCUUGUUGUGGUGUAAUGA